AUGAAAUUCUUAAUGGUACUCGCUUUAGUCGCGGUAGCGUCUGCAGCCAUCCUUCCCCACAAGAGAAUCAACCAGGCUGAACUUGAUGAAAUCGUCGCAGCCAUCAACAGUCCCAGCACCCACCCUGCCACCGCAGCUGCCCUCGAACAGAUGCUCCAAGACCUCCUCGGUGCUGCCUUCCCUAUCCAAGUAGGACCAGCAGUUGUUGAACCCGUUGAAGAAAUCUCUGUCGGACCCGCUAUCAUCGACCCUGUAGAUGAAAUUCAAGUUGCUCCCGUGGUUGUAAAGCCCGUUGAGGAAAUCUCAGUUGGACCCGCUAUCAUUGACCCCGUUGAAGAAAUCUCUGUUGGACCUGCCAUUAUUGACCCAGUUGAAGAAAUCUCAGUCGGACCCGCUUUUGUUGACCCCGCUCCACCCGCGUUCCCCUUCAAGGGUCCCCUCGUCCAGGUUGUCGUUAACGUGAACUCUGGUUCAUCUGACUCAGUGGUAGUUGAGCAACCCGCCCUGGUCCCCGCUCCCGGCGCCGACCUCGAUGAAAUCAAACCCGACCCAGUAAUGGUUGUGGACGCUCCCGAACCAGUUGUGAUUGCCCCAGAACCCGUCAAUGUCGGCAACCCAAUCUUCCCCGACCUCGCAAUCAACCUUCCCGAGCCCCUCAACUAA